AUGCAUGCUUUCAGUCGCCUGGCCACUUUCCUUAUUUUUGUGCUCUCAUUGAGCAUCUUUACCUACGCUCUCCCAGCUUCCGGCACCUCAGGAGCCCUAUCCACUCGCGACCAAAAAUGCCAAUCUCUUAUUGAUGUACUAGUCGAUCUCAAGAGCAAUGUCGACACUUGCAUUUCGACUAUAGUCAAGGCCGAUGCCAGCGCUGAUGUCGUUGUUCAACUAGAUUUAAUGGUCGGACACGUUGAAGCUUCUGCUCUCUCGAUUAAAGAAAUUGGUUCCAUCACCGACAUCGAUGCUGUGGUGAAGGCUGAUUUCGCUGCAAGGAUCGCUGCAAUCAUCGCUGUUGUUCUGAAAGCAUGCUUGAAGCUCUCACUCAAAUUCGGAAUCCAGGUAUUGGUCGGGGUCUUCGUCAAGAUUGACGCUGCGGUGAAACUCCUGUUGACAAACGUUGGGGCCUGUGUCGAUGGCAUAGUUGUGCUUACCUCCCAAAUUGUCAUGAGUACUUGUGGACAUAUCAUCGUGGAUCUGAACUUCCGUCUUGUCGCUGGAGUAUUGGCGACAGUCGGUAUCACCCUCAACUAG